CUGCCUUUGUCGUGGAAACUCAUCUUCUGUAGACUCGAAAAAAACAGUUUGUCUCCAAGAACAAAUCCCUUUCUCUUCUCUUAUGUUUUUGCAUCUUGAAAUUUUCCAAGAAAAAUCUCCAAUUUCACACAAUCAAUAUUUGAAUUGUGAGCUGUGUCAAAAAGGGUCUCUCUGAUUUAUUUAGAGACUUAAGGGUAAAGAAAUACUGGUGCAGAGAAGAGUAGUGAGUUGGAUAAGAGUUUGGAAGUCGUUUCAAGCAGUUUCAGUGCAUAGUUUGCUCUUCUCCUUCACUCAUCUUCUCGCUCUCAAGCUUGAUCAUGUUCUUUUCCAAUCAUGCAGUGGGCUCCUUUUCAUUCUGUUAUGGCAACGCCACUACUUGUUGUUUCUGAGAUCAUGCUCUGUGUACAUCUUGAAGAUCAAUAUGAAUGUGGAAGACACUCAUGCCUGGAGAUGAAGAAACUAUGAGUGAUGAAGCCAUAUGGAAAACACUUCCUGUUAAGAUGUCGGGAUCCUUUGACCUGAAGAGGAAGCGUUCUACGGAAAAUGACUAUAGGCGAAUGCCUGAAGAAGGUUUCAAGAAAGGAAAGGCGGAAACAAAGGAAUACUACAAGGCGAUCCUCCACAUGGUGAAGGAUCAAAUGAAAGAUAAGGAGAAAAGACACUCAGCACAAACUGAGGUAUACUAUAUUUCUGAUCAAAUAGAGUUACUAGAAGACAUGGAGAAGGUGGAACUUUUCGUCAUAAAGGCGAAGAAUGAAAGACUUCAAGCCAAGCUCUUCCUUGCAAAGGAGAAAUUAACAACUGUCAAAGUCUCAUAUAUUGAUUGGAAAAAGAUUGGGGAGUCGUUCAUGUCUCUGCCUUGAAUGUCCCUUCUCUUCUCAUGCCUUCUAAAUAAAAAUAUUUAAAUAUUUUUGUUUUUAUUUUUGCUUUCUGAAUCCUAAAACA